AAGCGCCUUUGUGGAAACGAGAAAUUCUAUCCAUUUCUCUAUAGAUACUUCGUACUCACUCAGCGCUUUAAUCGCUGAACUAUUCAAUUGCAUAGGGUUAUCACGGUAAAUAUUUACACCAAGCCUCGCAGCUAAUAAUUUAUUAUACGGCGAAAUGAAGUAGCCCCUGAAAACUGAAAUCAGAAGAGCUUUCAGAGCAAGAUUUUUGAUUUGUUCAAGUUAAAUCUUUUAUGGAUUGGGGUUGAAAGUUGAAACUAAGUGAAGUGAUAUUGAUUAAAAUAACCCUAUUGAUAUUACUGAUUAGACUGAACUAAAAAGAAUAUAAUAUUGAGGGAAUACGAUGCUAGGACGGAAGAAUAACAUAAAAUAAAUAAAUAAAUAAUUAGGUAUAUAUCAAAGAUGAUUUUCGAUAAGCUCAAUUUUCGGAAAAGGCACACAGUCCAUCCGUCGUCAAGCAAAGCGCAACCAGCCUGUAUCGCCCAAGGACCUUACAACUCAUGGGGUACCCCAGACUCUACGCCCAAACAUGCUAGCAUAGCAAAAACAAGCUCCAAUAUUGAAGUAUAUAUAAAAGAUGACAUUGAACAAAACAGAAAGUCCGUAAUACCGCCUCAAAGAGUCAGGCUAUUGAGUGCAAAUCAAAAAUGUGUAGUGAAGGACACAGAUACAAUACAGGAGUUUGUGACGGAGCUAGAGGAUCUCAACGAAAUAAAACCCAAGGAGAUUGCAGCAAAAGAGACUGCAGAUAUAAUAGAGGAAAUUGAAGAGAUAGUGGAAACUCCUCAAAGUCCGGUACCGUCUUCUCCAGCGCGGGAUAAAUGCAAGCGUUUCAGAUUGCCAACAUGCUGUGACCCAUCCGUUACCAUAGAUCCGCAAGGUAGAGGCUACAUAACUUGGUUGCUCCUGGUAACUUGCUGCUACAGCUACAAUGCUUGGUGCAUCGCUCUUCGCGCCACAUUCCCUUACCAGACUCCUCAAAAUACGCCAAUGUGGAUGACGGCAGACUACUUCUGCGACAUCAUAUACGUGCUGGACGUGGUGUUUGUGAAGCCGAGGCUCAUGUUCCUGCAUGAUGGGUUCUGGGUGGACGAUCCGGCGGAAACCAGGAAGAAUUAUAGGAAGAAACUUCAAUAUAAGUUCGACUUGAUAUCGCUUUUGCCACUGGAAAUAUUGUAUUUCUAUUUCGGCACCCAAAAAGUGAUCUUGCGGUUCCCAAGACUACUGAAAUUGCAGACAUUUUGGGAGUUCCAUCAAGCUAUGGACCGAGUUCUGUCUUCUCCGUACGUGGUUCGUAUCGGCAAGAUGUUGUUCUACAUCUUCUACCUGAUACAUCUAAACGCGUGCGCGUACUACGCCAUGAGCGAUCAUAUCGGACUUGGCUCCAAUGGCUGGGUGUACGACAACCAAGGGAACGCUUACAUCCGCUGUUUCUACUUUGCUACUAAAACCGCUACAUCCAUUGGCAAGAAUCCAAAACCCGAGAACAUGAAAGAGUACUUGUACAUGACCGCUGCUUGGCUGAUGGGCGUGUUUGUCUUCGCCUUACUAAUUGGUCAGAUACGGGACAUCAUAGCCACGGCUACCAGGGCUAGGACGGAAUACCGCAAGACAGUGGAUGGAUGUACCCGCUACCUCCGCAAACUGAACAUGCCGGUAUCUCUACAGCGCCGCGUCACGUGCUGGUUCAGCUAUACUUGGACACAGCAACGAUGCUUCGAUGAAUCGAAAAUACUAAACUCGCUACCUUCCAACAUGAAGCGAGAUGUAGCUCUUGAGGUCCACAUAACGACUUUGAGCAAAGUGCAACUGUUUCGCGACUGCUCGGCGUCCCUCCUGCGAGAUUUGGUCCUGCAACUGCGGCCCGUGUCGUGUCUGCCGGGGGACGUGGUGGUGCGGCGCGGGGACGUCGGCCAUGAGAUGUACAUCGUCAAGUGCGGGGAGUGCUAUGUACUUUCACCGGAUGAGAGGGAAGUAUUGGCGACUCUCGGUGAAGGAUCAGUGUUCGGAGAAAUCAGCCUCCUGGGCAUCGACGGCUUGCGGCGGCGGACUGCUACUGUAAGAUCUCGCGGAUACUCGAGCCUCUUCGCACUAUCGCGAAACGACCUCGACGCUGCACUCAAAUACCACAAAGAGGCCGCGAACAUUCUACGCCUUCGAGCUGACCAGAUCAUCAGAGAGAACGCCGCGAGGCAAGUCAAGCAGAAGCUAGAGAGGGAACAGAGCAGGAAGUAUAGCGGGGACUCCACUGUGAGGAGGAGGAAGAGUGCCGUCAGUGGAGAUAGUAGCAGCACUGCGGAGGGAAAGAAGCUGCGAUCAGCGAGUUCCCAAUCUCGAAGGAAGUUAUCUGCUGUUUCGGAAGAUAAGCCUUGUCCUUCCAUCGGAUCCGCCGACAGGUCUGCACUACCGACGAUCGUACUCUCUAGCGCGAGCGAGUAAAAUGCUUCGUAUAUUAAAUAACGUAACCAAAGAUUUUAUAUUGUAAUCAUUCCUUUUUGUAUACCAAUCAUCUAUAUGUACCUAAUAUAUUAGUAUUUAUGUAAUAUUUAUCUAUUUUAUUAUAAGCCCAUUCGCUGUUU